CAAAGAAACCUCAAAGAAAUGUGAUAUUACCUUUUUAACCUUUAAUUGAACGUGCAAUCUGAUCAGAUCACUUUCCUUACUUCCCAAAUUUUCUAUUGCUUACAAUUUUAAAAAGGUAACACCUUUCUAAAACCUAUGCACUAACAUUAACAAUAUUUUUUAAGUCCUCUAGUACUAUAGUACUAUAUAUAACACCUUACUACAUUACUCUAGACAACAACAUCAAAUACUAGUAAUAAUUUUAAGUAAACAAAAUAUGAAGGGUCACAAAUCCAACCAGUCUGAUCGGGCUCGGUUUAUCGCCAUCGGUGUGUUCUUAGGGUUCGUCUCGGGUGCACUCUUAAUGUCGGCUUUUAUGAGCCGAUGGUCAUCUAAUCAGUAUUCGCUGACCUCCAUGCCCGUCCAAGGAAGGGCCAUCCUUCACUACGCGACCUCAAAGAUAAUCCCACAACAAACCCUGGAGGAGGUUACAGAGUCAUUUAACGUACUCCAAACCCUAAGUCCGUGUAACUUUCUCAUAUACGGGUUAGGUUAUGAUUCCCUGAUGUGGGCCGGACUCAACCCAAAUGGGACCACCCUCUUUUUAGAGGAGUCCCCUGAGUGGGUCACCACUGUACUAAAAGAUGCACCGUUUUUGAACGCAAAAACGGUGCCAUACAGAACACAACUUAGAGACGCGGAUCAAAUACUAAAAACAUACAAAAAGAAUCCAGAUUGUCAAUUCUCUAGGGCUUUCUUAAAGGGUAACCAAAACUGCCUUUUGGCCUUAGAGAACCUACCAGAUGAGGUUUACCUACGAGAGUGGGACGUGAUCAUGGUCGACGCUCCAAGGGGGUACUCGCCGGAGCAUCCAGGGAGGAUGGCGGCGAUAUUCUCUGCAGCCGUGAUGGCACGUGACCGGAAGCGGCCGGGGAAUACACACGUGUUCUUGCAUGAUGUUGAUAGACCAGUGGAGAAAAAGUUUGCUGAGGAAUUUUUGUGUAGCAAGUAUAGAGUUGGAGCUGUAGGAAGAUUAUGGCAUUUUGAGAUCCCACCAUCUGCUCCUAAUAAUGAGGGUAAAACAAGUUUUUGUUAAAGAUAGAUCCAACAAUCGAAUUUCUUUUUUCUUCUUAUUAUUGUUGGUAUGUGAUCGUUACAUAUCAUAGCGAGGUAAGGUUACGUAUAUUAAUUAUAUCGUUGUCUAAAAUAAUUACAUGUAUCGAAACUUACACUUAUUUAUUUAUGAAGACUAUACAGAUAAGAAUUAAACUCUUGACCUCGUGUUUAAUAUAUACUUUUUUAAUUUAUUAAGUUUUCGUAUUGAUCAUAUUGGUUUAGUUUGUAUUUAUAUUGAUUUGGAUCGUGUACAUUUUGAGGUCGGUCAAUGUACAUAUUAUGAAACUUGUGACUAUGCAAUUUAUGCUAGAAAAGUAUAGAUCGAGUUCUUUUCAUAAAUUGUGUCAUAAGAAUUAAACUCUUGACCUCAACUCCUAUCCUAUAUAUA